AUGACUGUCGAUCCUACUUGGCCUGCAUACCCCAUCGUCUCCUUCCUGGGUUUCAUCAUUGCGCUCGUCCCCUUACCAUGGCAUCUGCAAGCCUGGAACUCUGGAACCUGCUACUACAUGAUUUGGACGGCACUCGGAUGCCUCAAUGAGUUCGUGAACUCCGUCAUAUUCGCCCAGAGCGCUGUGAAUGUCGCCCCCGUUUGGUGCGAUAUAUCGACACGUAUCAUCAUCGGCCAGUCCGUUGGGAUCCCUAUCGCGUCGCUGUGCAUCAGCCGUCGUUUGUACAACAUUUCUCGCGUCUCCAGUGUCAUGGUCACUCGAGCGGAGAAACGCCGAGUCAUCCUGCAAGACACCCUGUGCUGCGUGCUCUUUCCUAUCAUAUGCAUGGUUCUUUCUUAUAUCGUACAAGGACAUCGCUUCAACAUAUUCGAGAAUCUGGGCUGCUACCCCGCCAUCUACAAUACCCUCCCGACCUACUUCUUGGUCUACAUGUGGCCCAUCCUCAUCGGCAUAAUAUCCUCUGUAUAUUGCAUCCUCUCCCUCAUCAUGCUCCUGAAGCGUCACGCCCAGUUCCGCGAGUUCUUGCAAACUGGCGGCGCACUCACCGUCAGCCGUUAUUACCGACUCAUGGCGCUCGCCGUGACGGAGAUCGUCUUCACGAUCCCCCUCGGCGUGUACGAGCUCUACUCCAACGCUAUCGACGGCGCGCUGCACCCCUGGCUGGGGUGGGACGACGCCCACUUCGACUUCUCCGUCGUCGAGGAGGUCCCCGCUGUCGUCUGGCGCGCAUACCCCAAGGUUGCCAUCCCGCUGGAGAUGAGCCGCUGGGUGCUCCCGGUCUGCGCCUUCGUCUUCUUCGGCUACUUCGGCUUUGCGGAGGAGGCGCGGAGGCACUACAAGCUAGCCUGGAAGUUCGUCUCCGACCGCUUCGCGUUCUUCCGCCUGCGCGUCUCGUCGCGUCUCGCCAGCCACAGCGAACUGCCCUCGCACAGUCAGACCAAAGAAGACUUCCUGCCGCCAUACGUCUCCUACCCGAAGCCGCCCGCUGCCGCGCAGCUGUAUGGCGGAGACAGCAAGAUCGCGACCGCGUCUCUGGGAGACCUCGCGACGAUCAAGUCGACCUUCGGCGUCGACCUCUCCAAGGUCCCCUCCACUCCUUCCACGCCGUCCACGCCAUACAGCGCGGGUUCGACGUUCACCGACCGUUCCUCCUUUGCCAGCCUUCCUUCUUCUCCCGGCUAUGCGCCGCACGACCGCCGAUAGACUUUCUCCCCACGCUCGCUCGUAUGAUUCGCCCCUUCGAUGUCUUCCCUGCACGUCCGCAUGAUUCCUCCUGUGAUUGUUCUGUAUACCGCAUCC